GCGGCUCCCUGCCGUGAUUGGACACAGCAUCACGUGUUUAACAUCGUCAUACCCGGAAAAGUGACAUGUUUAUUGUUGCUAACCGUUUCGGGUACCUUAAUGCAAGGAGGGCACAAACGUUGGUUGGACCGAAAUGGCAUCCUACUUUGAUGAACACGACUGCGAGCCCACCAACCCCGAGGAACAGUAUCGCCAAAAUGCACUGCUUGAACUGGCCAGGUCUUUAAUACAGGGCUUGGACUUGUUUGACUCAGGGGCGUACGACUUGUCAGACUGGGACCAGCGCCUUCCUCCUCCGGCUGCCAAAACUGCUGUUCAGACCCUCACUGUGGUCAUCAUUUCUCCAGAGCAAGCAGACAAAGGGCUCAAGUGUCCCGUGUGUUUGCUGGAGUUCGAGGAACAAGAGACGGUGCGAGAAAUGCCUUGCAAACACCUUUUCCACUCAGGAUGUAUUCUGCCCUGGCUGGGCAAGACCAACUCCUGUCCGCUCUGCCGACUUGAAUUACCAACUGACAAUCCAGAGUACGAGGAGUUUAAAAAAGACAAGGAGAGAAGAAAACAGAGAGAGCACAGGCUGGAAGACCUUCAUGGAGCCAUGUACACAUGACAUGACGGUGCUGUGGUGCAGGUGUUUGUGGUGCAGUGACAUUUUACCGAAACUUAUGACAAACGAAAGCUUCAGGAAUUGCAUAAUGCUGCGUUCAUGUCAUUUCGUAUAGAAUAUACUUUCAAGCAUGGCGGUGGGAAGUAACGUCUCAUAUUUGUACUUACAAGGCAGAAAUAUCUCCCAAGAAGUAUCAAGCAGCUCUAUCUAAAUAAUAUCCAAGAUUACAAAUCUAUAACACAAUAAAGACGAUUAAUUACUAUUUAUAUGGUGUGACCACAAGGCUAGCAAUCGUUCUACGCAUACUAAUAAUGUGUGACCGCCAGCAACUGUUCUUUCCUAUAAUUUGACAAGACUUGAAAGCAGCAUAGGUAACUCGUUCAGUGAAAACUGAAACUGCUUUUUCUCUUAAGUUGGAUGAAUGCUUUUUUUUUCUGACUAGUUAGGAUGAAUAUAUUUUGAGAUUUGAGCACUGAAGCACUCAAACAUUUCAGCUCAGACUCUUCAUUCCUUUUUUAUAUACAUUUAUGAGCUUUAAACGCAAGAAUCAUCUGUUGAGCUGUAAUUGUCUAAUUGAUAUGAAUUAUUUAAAGACUGGAAUAUGUUUUAA